CAACAAAAAAUAUCCAGUAAACAAAAAAUACUUUCGGUGAUGCGCAAUGAAAAAUCAUAAUUUUGUUUCUUAAACUAAUUUUGCAAUAAACGCCCUCGAAGUGUGAAAAUAUGGCCACAAAUAGUCCUGCAACUGUUGUCCCGCCAUCGAUUGCCAGCGUAAGCAAACCGAAAACCGCCCAAACUCAGCAGCAGCAGCCAACGAUAGUCAUUAGCAAGGAUAUUCUGGACGAUUUGGGCAGCCGAUUCAUCAUCAAUGUUCCGGAAAACGAACGCCAGAAUCUCAUCCGGGUGUGCUUUCAAAUCGAACUGGCCCAUUGGUUCUACUUGGACUUUUACUGCGUGGCCCAGAAGCAGAAAUGCGGAAUCAAACAGUUUGCCUUCCAGCUGUUUCAGCACAUCCCUUUCCUGCAACCGCACGUGAGUUAUGUGGAGAAAAUUCUUGAAGACUGGAAGCAAUACAAACUGUCGGUUCCCACUUACGGUGCGAUUUUGUUGUCCGAGGAUCUGAAACAUGUCUUGAUGGUGCAGUCGUACUGGGCCAAAUCUUCCUGGGGAUUUCCCAAAGGUAAGAUCAACGAAAAUGAAGAACCCGUUCACUGCGCCAUCCGAGAGGUGUACGAAGAGACCGGAUACGAUAUCAAAAAAUUGUUGGUCCCAACGGAAUUCAUCGAAACGGUCAUCAACUUCCAGUACACUAGGCUGUACUUGAUCCGGGGAGUUCCCAUUUCAACGGUAUUUGCUCCGCGAACCCGUAAUGAAAUCAAAUGCUGCGAGUGGUUCCCCAUUGACCUGCUGCCAGCCUCGAAAAGCGACAAUUUCGUCAAAGAUAAUCUCUGCAUGAAUGGGAACUCUUUCUUCAUGAUUCUACCCUUCGUGAAGCAACUCAAGAAAUGGGUGGACAAAGUUCAAAAAUCCAAACAGAAAGGAAUGGCACCGGGCAACGCUAAUUCACCUGUCUUUGGCUCAACCGGAAAGCAGAACUCCAAGUUCUUUGAAAACAAGACAGCAAACACGGGGAACCAAUCUGGAAACCGUCAACGGCAGCGACACAAAUCGAUGGGUGACAUCGAGCAGCAACGUUCCAAAUCGAAUGGAUCGCAGAUUCUGGUCCCUGCGGAGCAAUUCAACAAAUUUCCACCCAAAAGCAAUUCCAAUGCAGUUGUUGGUCACUUGCCAGAAGUUGGUUCUGCCUCAGGUAAAAAGUAUGGCAAAAAGCAAUCCGUCCAUCACCAUGAGAGUGGCAUUUCUGUCCAAUCGUCGGGAGGCCGAACGCAGACGAAACGGAAACUGUUCGAUUCGGUAGAAGAAGGCCAACAAAAAGCCGAAACUGAUAAGGAUCCACUGGCAAUUUUCGACGUGUGCCAUGCGUGGGCUAAUUUUAAGUUUGACUACAGUAAAUUUGUGUAGCUGUCGUUUUGUGUACCGUCAUUUUGUUGCAGAUUUGUAUUAUUUUUUAUUCUUUGACGCAAAUAUAACGGAUCUCUAAGUAUAA